GCGUGCGUGAGCGACGUCGCCGCGCGACGCAGCAGCGACGUAGCGACGACGACGUCGACGAGGACGAGGACGAGGACGAAGCGGCGGCCGAAGAUCGCCGAGCGGACGGCUACGCGGAGAGACUACGGCUGGCAUGGUGUGGGCCGCAGCACGGCCACAGUGUUCCAAAAGUCGGCACCACGCACGAAUCGUGUUACGCGCGACGCAGAGCCACCAAGCUGCGUCGUCGAAUCGCGCUCGGCUGGCCUCCGAUCGAGUGCUCCGUCGAGCGCAGCCAGGGAACGCGAGUAACCAACAGCUGGCUGCUGUCCGAUUAGAGAUCGAUCGAAUCGACGACGACGACGACGACGACGAGGGCCGGAAAACUCGAGGCUCUGUUUGCGUAGAAUCGUCGGCUACGAAGACGACGACGACGUCUUAUCGUUGUAGAAGAUCGUGACACGUGAACGAACAGAAGCAGUGCCGUGGGCAAACGAUAAACCGCGAGUGAUCGUAGUACUCGAAUUGCCAAUGAGAAGCAGCGCUAGCUCGAACGAAGACAAGCCGAGACGACGGUAAGUUCGGGCCGUAUCGUCGAUAGGACGCGCGGAAUCACGGUGAAGAAGACGAAAAGAAGAAAGGGUUGGCGAGAAGGAAACAAGUUGGUCCGAUUCGGCGAUAGUAUUGGAGUCAAACGAGCGCGGAACCGUGGAACCGGGGAAUCGUGGAACCGGGGAACCGUGGAACCGUGGAACCGGGGAAUCGUGGAACCGGGGAACCGUGGAACUAGCGGAGAUCUCCCUGGCGCGCGAUACGCACAGUGGCCGUACGUCGUGAGUCGUGCGUCGCGAGUCGCUCGACGACUGGGUCGAGCGAUCGGUAAUCGGAAGAAUAGUCGCGAUUAACGAGGACGCGAGUGUGUCGAACAGCGAUACGCGCGCUGCUUCUCGCGCGGUGAAUUUCGACGCUGAACGAAUCGAAACGAUCGUCUAUCCUUAUUGCCGAGAUUCUGUGUUUAGUGAUAAAACGCGUAUUCGCAGUGUGCCGCGUACACGAUACGCAACGAUCAACGACGACCACGACGACCACGACGAUCACGACCACGAUCCCGGCCUCGUUUCGCGUAGUACUACGGUGGAGUGUGUGUGCGUGCCUCUAUGGGUGAGCGUGUAUGUGUGAAACGCGGCUGAAGGAAUCGACAAAUAGUCGCACUGCAAGACGGAAGGUCGCGUUGCUUCGCGCGUAUACUUGGGAGAAUUCCAACUGGAUAAAUUCGUCGUACAUUCGUGAAAAGGGGGGAUCCAAAAGGAGUUGGUCGGCGAAAGGGACCUCGAUACGAUCGACAGGAUACUCGUGGAUCUUGGAACCCUGGCGAUUUAUGGGGGACUUUAGCGCGACCAGCCUCUUCUCCAAUAGUUUGUCCAGCACGACGAAAUCUUCGAUCGGUAGCAAUACCGCGAGUCCCGGUGUAACCGUAACGACAUCAACGAUGCAGGACGAUCUGUUGAUCGAGAAACAAGCCAGUGGCAAAGCAGCGCCGCUAUCGCCCAGUACUGGCCUGGAGGCCGUCGCUGGACUAGAAAAGGCGAAAGACGCGGUCGAGGUCGAGAGUAUCGCUAUCACGCCGACGACGCCCUCCUCUACAGAGAAAGAGAUCGCCUGUAGCACCAGCUCGGCGCUUCAGAGUUUCUCCGAAGCGGCCAGAGUGCCGAGCUUGUGGUCAUCCGCUCCGGACGACACCGGUCUUCACGCGUUACCGGUCAACGGAUCCAUCGCAGCGUUUCAGAACUUUCCGACCGGUGGUCCGACCGGGUUGUUCGCUGGUACCGGUCCAACCGUUUCGGCUGGUACGCGUCGCGCUAUCACAGCUAGUCACAAUUUCCCGCAACAGCACGGUAACGCGACCGCUGCAACUACGAGACACGGACUUCAGGUCUCGUCCGCUCAACAACAGCAACAGCAGCAGCAACAACAGCAGCAGCAGCAGCAGCAACAACAGCAGCAACCGCCGCAACAACAACAGCAGCAGCAGCAACAGCAGCAUCAACAACAACCUACAGCCACCUCGCAUCCGGGAGUUUACCUACCUGGCAAAGGUUACGCGGCUUGGUCCGGUGGCCCGCAAGCGCCUCAACAAUGGAGCGCUGGGCCGCAAGCUGCGGCGGUCGCGAGUCCCGGCCUUUCGCCCUGGAAUCGCGGCAGAUCGGUACCGAAUCUUCCUCCCCUGCACUCGUCCCUGCACGCCGCUGCUGCGGUCGCGGCAGCUGCCGGGCUACAGGGCAGGAAACCGAGUCCUACGUUUCCCGGUCAUCCGGGACCAGCGGCUCAUCCCUCCUGCAUCAGCCCCGUGAAAUUUCGAAGAAGCACCUCGUAUCCCGGAAAAGGCAACAUGUAUCCGCCUCAACCUGCGCCAACCUUCGAAGUUACCACCGCCGAGGACAGAGAUUUGCUACAGCUGCCGCCGUUUCAGCAGGAUCGUAUGACGACAAAUGGCAAUUCACCGUUGGACAGUAUGAGAACGUUGGAGCAUUACUUGAGCGACAUCAUGCGAGGUACAGCGGAUACCUCUGAACACGUGAAAGGAUACAUAAGUUGCAAUGCCAGCACGCUGCAAUCGCUCGCGCAACUGCACGGCAAAUCGCCGUUCUUUCCAAGUCUGGAGGAUCAGAGCGGCACGCUGCUAGAAGAUCCGAACGCGGCGAGUCAGCUCGAUGGCGUCGGUGUUGGCGUCGGUGUCGGAGUCGGAGUUGGCGUUGGAGUUGGUGUCGGUGUCGGCGUCGGGGUUGGAGUCGGCGUCGGUAGCGGCAUAACCGGCUCUCAGACCGCACCGCUUUCCUCCCCGAGUCGGAGCAGUCCUCACAGUCAAGGUAGCGAGACCGGAGAACGCUUCUCUAGGAAGGUGUUUGUCGGUGGUCUGCCACCGGACAUCGACGAAGAGGAAAUCAAAGCCAGUUUCCGUCGUUUCGGAUCGUUGGUCGUCGACUGGCCCCACAAAGCGGAGAGCAAAUCCUACUUUCCACCGAAGGGCUACGCUUUCUUGCUUUUCCAGGACGAAGCGUCCGUGCAACAAUUGAUCGACGCGUGCAUUCAAGACGAGGAGAAAUUGUAUCUAUGCGUGAGCUCGCCAACGACCAAAGACAAGCCGGUGCAAAUUCGACCGUGGCGACUGAGCGACGCGGAUUUCGUGCUGGACGCUUCGAUGCCGCUGGAUCCACGAAAGACGGUGUUCGUCGGUGGUGUUCCACGGCCGUUGAAAGCCGUCGAGUUGGCGAUGAUCAUGGAUCGACUCUACGGAGGCGUGUGUUACGCCGGUAUCGAUACCGAUCCCGAGCUCAAGUAUCCGAAAGGAGCCGGCAGGGUCGCUUUCAGUAAUCAACAAAGCUACAUAGCUGCCAUAUCGGCGAGAUUCGUUCAGUUACAACACGGCGACAUAGACAAGAGAGUCGAAGUCAAACCAUACGUUCUGGACGAUCAAAUGUGCGACGAGUGUCAGGGACAACGUUGCGGUGGCAAAUUUGCGCCGUUUUUCUGCGCAAACGUUACCUGCCUACAGUACUAUUGCGAGCACUGCUGGGCGACGAUUCACUCGCGACCAGGUCGCGAGUUCCACAAGCCGUUGGUGAAGGAGGGUGCGGAUCGACCUCGGGCCGUGCCGUACCGCUGGUGUUAACCCCAGCUGCGUUGUCCCUAAUUAUCUCGCAACCCUAGCUAAUUAACUACCACUUCUACGUACCAACUUCUCCUCCCCCGCCCCCCCCCCUACGAGAACCUUCUACCGCCCGCCGCCACCCACCCUUCCAUUCAUUCAACCUCCCACGGCCCGUCCGACACUUCGUCUCACCCUUGCUCACAUACCUACCUGCAUCGAAACACAGCCCGAAAACCGUUAUUAUCGCUACUACCCACUGAUCGUCGGUACUAUGGCUAUUCUACUACUAUCGCUAUUAUCGCUAUUGCUAUUACCGCUCUAUCGCAAUCACCACCAUUACUAUUCCACUAUGAGUUACCUUUGCUCUGCUAUCCACCGCUACAUGGACGUGUUUACCGGUUACACGGCGAACAAAUCAGUCGCCAUCACCACCGUCACGGCCAUUACUACCACCACACAUCCACUACCACCACCACCACCACCACCACCACCACUACCACCACCACUACCACCACCACCGCCGUCACCGCCGCCGCCGCCGCUGCCGCCGCCGCCGCCGCCAUCAUCGUCUUCUGCCAGCCGAUGCGUCUCGACGUUACCUUUUCGCACCGACGACCACUUCGAUCUUUCGUCUCCGAGUUUGUAUGUGUGACACUCAGCGCACCAACGAUUCACCACGAGGAAAAACGGUUUAGCAGCGGAGUAGGAAGACUCGUCGACGAUUCGUCGGUGCGUCGGUAAUACACGGAGUGCUGCGCGCUAGUUCCGCUUUAUGACAAACGAACGAGUCGAGGCCAAGAAGGAACAACGGACCGUCGCCCUAAACGCCUUUCGUCCGACCGAGAGAUGGAACAUGCGUUAGUUACCGAUAUCGAUAUCGACGUAUAUAUAUAUAUACAUACACACACAUAUAUAUAUAUAUAUAUAUAUAAGUUACGAAUGCGCGUAGGCGGCCAUAAUUAAAAGCUCUCUCGUACGGAGCACGCGUUGGACGCGUCCGACGAGAGGUUUCAAUCGUUGUUCGCGCUCGCGGAUCGUCUCUUCCCAUUACCGACUGUCAAACGGGAAGAUUCGUUCCAGGUGUUCCUCUUCCUCUCCUUGCCUGUUCGCUCGUUCCUUUUCUCGUAGCGCGUCGGCCGAAGACGGACGACGGAUCUCCUCGUCGAUCGAUCGCGCGUCGGGCAGAGGCGCAGAAGCUACCACGAGGAACAUCGUUCUCCGUUGUCCACCGAUUGUCUAUCCGUUUUUUGCGAGCCGGAAUCCGGAAACUUUCGGAGGAAACCGGAAUCUUUCGCGCGACGAACGUGCGCUUUCCUCCUUGUUCACUUUCUCCUUCUGCUCCUCCACCUCCUCCUCCUUCUUCUUCUUCUUCAUCUUCUUCGUCUUCUACUUGCUCCACCUCCUCCUUUUGCGAUCUCGCUUGUUCUUUCUCGUCGAACAGGCCAAGGCAAUCAGGAAAGGAAAUCGGAGAACGAGAGGAACGGAGCGCCGUACCGGGGCAAUUGGUCCCUUUCUUUCGUCGAGCGUUCUGUGCCACCUCGAGAAAUCGAUCGAGGCAGAAUCGAGCGUCGAUCGAGGUAGCCAAACGGCAGUUUGCCCUCUCCUCGAUGGAAGGAUGCGACCGUCGCUUCGAACCUGACCCGAGAGGUGUACGAAAAUAUAUAAGGAACGUACGAGUGUGAACGUGAAUCGAAACGGUAAGAGGUGAUAGCGAGUACCUGAUUCGACGUGAAACCGCGAGGAUUAAGAUUGAUGGAACGCGAGCACGAGAGAGCAAAAGAUCGCGAGGGACGAAAGCGAGUAAAGGAAAUGAUUGGAAAGAAUCGGAAGAGCGUGUAUGCCUGUGUGAAUGAACGACGAAGAGGAGAUGCGGAUGGAGAGAUGAGACGGCAGAGCGACGGAAAGAGUUAAAAAAUGGUCGAUACUCGCGAGCUGGUAGAUGAACGCGGAAGAGUGAUAUAAAUAUAAAGAUGCAAACGUUUCAAAAUGAGCCAUUCGCGUUGGACGUUGAAUAGGUAAUGAAAAACCAACCACGCUUCGAAUCGCUGUGUGUCAGAUAAUUAUCUGUAUCACACGGUCUUUAGCUUUUAAGAACUUAUUAAAUGUUACAUAGGUGCGUUAUAUAUAUAUAUAUAUAUGUAUAUAUACGUUAUAUAUCUGUAUGUAUAUAUAACAUACAUAUAUAUACACAUGCGUUUCCCGCGUGAAAAACGUGACGUUGCGCUCGUAGACAAAAUAUUUGAGUAAAAUAAACGAUUUUUUACUAAUUAACUUAUUUGAAUGCAAGAAGUAAGUAGCAAAAAGUAUCAUGGGAUAGAAAAUAGUGGAAUAACCGAAAGAAAGUGAGACGGAGGUGAGAAAAUAUGCCGAGAGUCAAUGGAAGCAAGAACGAAAGUGUAAGAAAAAGAAUAGAAUGCGUGCGCGUUUGCCUGAGUGUGUGUGCGUGCGUGCGUGCGUGCGUGCGUGCGUGCGUGCGUGCGUGCGUGCGUGCGUGCGUGCGUGAAGGAGAGAUUGCGAAAGAGACGAAACAAGAAGGAGGAGGAAGGAUAAACAGGGGGCUUAGGAGAUCGAAGUAGAGAAAUGGAAUUCGAAACGGACGUUGAAAAGACGAUAGUCCAAUUUACUUAACGCACGAUCGCGCGUUGAGUUUGCUUAACCGUACCAGAUCCUCAGCCAAUACACGAAACCUUAACCGAGCGACCCUUCCAAAAAUGUCUCAAACGACGGGAGGAAAGAAAACGAUGGUACGAGGCUUGACCGUAACGAUCGUACCGGGACAGUCGGUUACUCGUUUUCAAGAAAAUAAAAGAGAGUACAAAAGGAACGGUCGCGUCGGCACUCGAAAGUCAAGGAAGGAAAAAGCACCGAGAGACCGAGAGAGCGAAGAAACGGGAGAUUUCUCGCGAUCGAAACCAGUCACGGGACUAAUCUCGGCCGUGAAUCCGGAAACGAUCCUCGAACCUGGUGUUGGAACGUAAACGAUUCUACGUACCUGGGCCUCCGCGUUUCUUCUUUUCGAACAACGAGCGGCGAACGUCUCUCCAUUGGAUCGGUGUAUUUGGAGUAAGUCGAUCUCGCGAAUAUACAGUAACGCUCCUUUGCAGGGCGGACACAUACACACACACACACACACACACACACACACACACAUGCACACACACACACAUCCAUAACACGUACGCGUUACAAUUUUCUCGACGGGGAAGAGACGCAGCGAUCGAGCUCCUAGCAAAUUACUCUUCAUACGUCCGAUAUAUAGGAGAUCCGAAGGAAACGCGUGCAAAGAUUAACGUUGUUUUCGCGCGAAUGAACGCUAAGUCGAUAGGAUAAAAUACGAAGAAAACUGCACGGGUUUCUGCUGUGUAGAUGACCGAUCCUUCUUGUACCGAUACGAUCCGCGUUGAACGGCUGUCGCGAUGCACGUUUUCUCGAUCCUAACGAAUUUCUUCGCUCGAUGUAUAUAAUCAAACGCAAUGAUGCAAUCGACGUAGUUCAAAUGAAAUCUCAUCUCGACGGAGACGCGUUAUUAUAAGUUUUAUUCUUCGAAGGAGGAACAGAGGACUUUUCUCGGUGGUAAUCGCCGGCGUGUCGCUUCCGACCGUGUCCAAGUUGCCACGCGUUAACUUUCGUCCGACAUCCUGGCCCGCAGCUAUCAUCUUUCAUUUUCUUCUCGAUAAACGGAUACGAAGCAGUCGGUAGUUGGAAAAAUGUUCGCAGAGGAAACGAGAGUGGAAAGAGAGUCGACGCGAAUUUCGGACAAGGAUGCAACGGUGGAAACGACACGGAUGGUUAUCAGUAUGCAACGUUAUGUGUUCCGCUUAAUAGAUGGUCGUUUUAUACGUAGCAGCACCGUCAGUUGAAACCAUAAGCUCGUAGAUUAACCUCGCACGACGAGUAUCUUUAACGACACGUUUUCGCGUGUUACGCAUUCGUAAAGAAAAAAUAUACACGACACACAGACACGUAGGCACAUACAUACGCGUACACGCAUACCUACGAUAUCACAAAUUUAGUCAUCCGAGAACGAAUCGAUAAAAAUUAAUCGUGGAUUAACCGAUGCGUACUUUCGCGUACGUUUAGGAGGAAUGAAUAAACAAAAGUAAUUUCCACAUCUAUAUAUACAUAUAUAUAUUUACAUAUAUAUUUAUUUUUUUGGUACUCUUUUUGUAUAUACGUGUCGCCAUAGAUUAGGUGACGUCUAGGAUCCACACGAGGUACGAGAUAUCCGCGUGAGAGAACAAAGCGAAAAACAGAGGGGACGAGAAGAAGAGUGUACGAGAGAAAAGCGAGAAACAGAACGAAAAAUCGAUUGUCUGUACACACGUGUGUAUGAAUGCGUGAUAGAAAGAAGAAAAGUGCAUGAAAGAGAGAUAGAUAGAGAAAGAGAGAGAGAGAGAGAGAGAGAGAGAAAGAGAGUGGGAAAGGCUGAAGAAACGAGCCACGUUAACGACGAUCAUCUCCGUCCCUUCGUUCACACGAAUUAUUCACGAUGCUCGCAUACACGCAACUCAACUCAACGUCGAAUCUUGUAAACCGAUCGGCUAUUACAUUAACGUAGGAAAAUAUUCGUGGCGAGCAUUCGUGUUUUACACGUUUAUCGAUCUCGUUUGGAAAAACGUUGGCGGACACAGAAGGUAUUUCGACCGUGUCCUAGAUCGGUCGACCGGCGAGAAUAGUUGCGAUGGAAGCGAAUGGACGCGUUUAUUUCGAGUAACGAUUAACAUCGUUCGUGCCACGCGGAGAACCUUGUCGAGGUCUGAAAAAACCGAGCGAGAUUUUUGUGAACGAAGGGGCGCGGCGAGUGAACGGCGAGUAGGAAGGAAGGAGAGAAAAUGGGGGGGAGGGGGGAGGGGAAAGGGUGAAACAAAAGGACAAAGGAAGGGAAGAGCAUUAGUUAGCGUAAUUUUGUCGACGCUCGGCACCGUUCUCGCGUGGACGAGGAGCGAUGAAACGCGGCGACUCACGCGAUUAAGAAGCAAGCGCUGCGAUUCACGCGUCUCGGCAGCGUCGCUAUCUCACGGAUAAAUUUAUUAAAAACGCAUAUACCAAACGCAGCGUAUAAGCGUGCAUAUAUGACGCGGUGCGUCCAGAUGGUUUUCCAAUUGCUUCGAUGAUAAGAGAAACACGUUCGACUCGACGAUUCGCUUGCCCCUCCGAUUCCGACGCGUCUCCUCCGUUUGUUCCUUGACUUUCGGUCGCGGCGCGGUUCGAGAAAACACGCGUGCAAUUCGUUUAUUUUCGUCGAUCGGUAACGAUCGUAACGCUGCCUUUCGUUUAUCACCGCGUACACCGUGCGUAUCGUUUCCACGAAAGAUCGCUCGGGGAUGAAAGUUGGAAACGCGACAUCGGCCGCGUGCGUCUCUGUACGCGUCGAGAUUCGAUCGGAAAUCGAUCGGAGAGAUGGAAGAGAGGGCUGGCGAAGAAUUUUCGAGGUCGAGAGACGAUACCGUUAACGACGGCUUCGAAGGAAUGGGAAAACCUUUGAUCGCGUUGGCGCGGCUACGAAGCUACCGCGGCUCAUAUAUAUACUAGGUGAAAAUUUGCAUCCCGUAAACGAGCACGAAACGAUACGCGUUCGAAAACGAUUUCGCGCGCGACCCCGAGCUCGUACACACCGACACACGAAAACGAGACCAACUCUUAGACACACGAUCUCGUUCGUGCACGGACACGUUCUCCCCACUAAUCGAUCGAUAUAAUCGUAGUGAAACUUAUCUAGGUACCAAUUCACCUAAAUCAAUUGAUAAUUAAAACAAAGUAUAUAUAUAUAUAUAUUCAUAUACAUAUGAUAUAUAUAUUAAUAUAUAUUAUAUAGAAAGUAGUAUUGUUCCGAUACUCGACAGCGAGCCGAGUAUUUGGGCGAGAAUCGAGAUCGAGAUUUUUCUAGACAAAUUUUUCUAAUCGUUGACGAAUGCGCGGCGUUCCGUCGUUGAAUCGAGCGGGACGUCUCCUUCUAUCGAUACACUCGCGUUAUCAUGCCCCGUAAAACAGAAAUCUCGGCUCGUUUGCGCGUUUUCACGCCACGAACGACCGAAACGAACCCGGUAUCCGUGCCAGAACUAUCGCGCGAUCUCGACUAAACGAAUUUCUUCUUCGAGCGUUUUUUGCGUUCACCUGUGUUCUGACACGGAUCGUACCGAUUUCGCCGCUCGCGCGCACGCGCGCGGGCACACACACACACACAAACACACACACAAACACAAACACAGACAAAGGCAUACAUACACGCGAGAACGUACGUGCGCGUGUUUCGUACGCGAAACUCCAGUCGCUUUUCCUCGGAUGAAAACGUUCCGGCAGAGUGUCGACGUCGGCGUAGGUUCGCGCGAAAUACCAAUUACUCGAGACAAUGACCUUAUCAGACAUUUUAACGUUCGCUUAUCGAUCGUUCGCAAAUCAAUGUGCAAUUUCGAAAUUUCCGUGCCUAGGUAGGUGGGCAAUAUCGAUGAAAGAUUCGUUUUGUUUCGCGCUCGAUCAACGAACCGCGAACGGUUGCUCUGUGCACACUCGAUGCUUAGAUCAAUUAGAAAAUUUUAGUUGACCGUUAUCGGGGAUAUUGCCGAUAUACGAAUUGAGCAGCGUUUAGGUAAAAUUAUUUCGCGAAUGUUGUCGAGAUUCCACGCGUAGCGGAUAAGUGACAUAUCGCUUUCGAGCACGAUCGACGGGACGGCAUAUUACGCGCGACUCGACGAAUUUUUACAUUUCUCUGCUAGUCGGCAAGUCGCGAAGAAAGAAAAGUCGACGAACCGCGAAUCACGAAAAUCAGAUGGACUCGCUGCUUGACGUUUGAUGUCGUACGAACAUCGCGCGCGACUGCUGCGUUGAAAAUAGGGGCUGAGGCCGCGAGGAAGUAUGGAUAAAGGGAAUAACCGCGACUCUGUAGUCGCCUAUAGCGAAACUUUAUACGUACGAACGUGCACGCGUACACACGAUGGAAACGCAAGUCUGCCGGCAAUGGCACGCUAAGAAUUUAAAGCAAAGAAGAGAAAAAUAAUAACGAUGACGAUUGAUAAUAAUAAUAAUAAUAAUAAUAAAUAAUAAAUAAUAAUAAUAAUAAUAAUAAUAAUAACGAUAAUGAUAAGCUACAUUUCGCAGCAAAGUUAUUGUUUGAGAAAAUCGCCCUUAAGAAAAAAAAAGUAACAACUACAACAACUACAAGAGUAACAAACAAUAUGUUAGGUAUGAUUCUUCACCUCCUUUGUAAUAUGUGUGAUAAAGCAUAAUAUAUAAUAUAAUGACAAUUAUAUAUAUAUAUACAUACACAUAUAUAUGUAUAUACGCGUGUUUACAUGUAUAUACAUAUUUGUGUGUAUAUAUGUAUAUGUAUAUAUGUGUGUGUGUGUACAUGUAGGUACAGGAUAUAAAAUACUAAUAUAUAAUUGAUAAUAACGAUCGAAAUAUUUAAUAUAUUCUGAUGGACUUGAAAAAAGAAAAGAUAAUGGAUGUAAACUUGAAAUAUAGAUGUUGAUUGCGCGACACGACAGUAGCGGGAUGCAAGAGAAACGGAUAGGAAAAUCGUGGAGCGUGGAAACGCGUGGAAAAGCGGAGAAGCGGAAGUUUCGAAUAACGAAAGAUAUCGCGAUGCCGACCGAACGAUGCUUGCAUAAGCACAGGCGCGACGUAACGCGUACACUGUCGUUCGUGUAAUGCGCACGAGUGACUCAAAAACGGUAUGGGUUACGAAACAGCAUGGGAAAAACGAAAAAAAGAAGGAGGGAUGAACAUUUUGGGGGAACGAGUAACAAUGGUAGUCACUUACGAUAGAUUUGUAUUUUUCAGUGUUGAAAAGUUUUUUAUACCGCUGUUAUAUUCUUGUCUAAAUAUCUUAGUUCAGAGAAAAUGCGAGAGACGAUGGUCGCGUCUUAGCUUGCAUGAAAUUAUAUAGGUGCGUCCGAAUACACCGAAUACGUGCGUGUGUAUGCGAGAGAGAACGAGAGAGUGAGAGAGAGAGAGAGAGAGAGAGAGAGAGAAAGGAGGGUUUAGCGAAGGAAAGGAAUGAAAGAAACACGGAACGAGUGAAAAUGGCUUCGAUAGAUGUAACGGAGAGAGGAGACGAGAGAGUGUGCGUGAGAAAGAAAAAGAGAGAAAGAGAAGCGAAAGUCGAACGAGCAAUCGAAAAAGCACGAACAUCGUGUACAACGUAAGCUCCAAAAGAGGAGGACACGAUGUACUCGCCACGAAUCGACCAUCGAGAUUUUAUUUUCAACGCGAUUUAUCAUGGUGCGUACAAAGUUGCACUCGAUAAACGUCGAAUAGAACCGGUGCAACGACGUUUCGUUGUCAUCGUCGCGAACAAGCGCGGAACGAUCUCUCUAGCUUGAUUCGAUCGUCUCAAAACGAUUAUUCGCGAGAGAAAAACCGACGAUAAGAGAGAGAGAGAGAGAGAGAGAGAGAGAGAGAGAUUGGGAAGGUAGAAGCGUCGUGGGUCUCGGUGAUCCUUGGCGAGUGGUCGUUUGUCCAAGAAAGAAAAGGCGUUCACGCUUUCGAGACUCGCUCUGCGUAAACCCCGAGAACACGAGCGAACCGACGACGAUUAAUGGCGGAAAAGCGAGAUUGUAGCGAGCGCGUGAUACCAGGCACGAAACACGAAGCGCCAAACGCGAUCGACCAAGUCGAUCCUACCUCUAGUUAGCUCCUGAUAUGCUCGAGCAAUCCUAUUUCUAUCUACCAUUUUCCACGUACAAUUUUAUCGAUCGAUUUAUAUUUUUUUAAGCGUUACGAUUUUUAUCGCUCUCGUAUUGUAUAGAUCGCGUUCGAACGACUAGCGUUCGUUUAGAGGCAAUUUGCAAAUCUUAUUUUUCUCGUUUGAUCUGUGUUCUUGCUGGACUUCCCGACCACCUUCCUGUUCAUCGCGUUGUUCUUUCUACACGCGUCUUUUCUUUUCUUCUUUUUCUUUUUUUUUUCUUUUUUUUUUUUUUUUAACUCGAGCCAUACCUCGCAGAUAAAACGCGGACGAUCGAAGGCGACGGACUGCGGAAAGUUCGCGCGCCCACGAAACGAUUCCUUUCCUUCUUCGAAUUUGCGAAUGACCGAUCAAGUACGUGGACGAAGGCGAACCUCCGUUAAACCGUUGCGCGGUCUUCUUUCGCUCCGCGCGAAAACGCAUCAUCUUUCGUACCUUCGUAUUUUGUUCGUUUUCUCUUUUCCUUCUUUUCGAAGUCCUAGCGAAAGGCAAGCGAUCGUUCAGUCGCCUUUCCUUUCAUCGUUCUCCAAAUUUCUCUAUUUUUGUUACAUACGAUAUACGUUCGCUACGAAACGCAUUACUACUAGUUGAUAAUGUUUUUAACGCAAUCAAUAUAGUCGCUGUUAUUUUUGCAAUUGUCAUUAUCGUCAUUACUAUUAUUCGAUUACUAAUUAUCAUUACCUUUAUUACUAUUACUAUCAUUAGCACUAUUACCAUUAUUAUUAUUACGAUUAUUAUUAUUACUGCUGCUAAUGCCGCUACUACUACUACUAUAAUUAUUAUGAUUACGAAGACGGUAAUGAUUAUUAUUAUUAUUACUACCAUUACUAUUACCAUUACUGCUAUUUCUAUUGCUACGUCUAUUACUACUACUACUAUUACUACUACUACUACUGCUACUACUACUACUACUACUACUAUUACUACUACUGCUGCUGCUGCUACUAUUACUACUACUACUACUACUACUACUACUACUACUACUACUACUACACUACUACAACUACUACUACUACUACUACUACUACUACUACUACUACCACCACCACUUCUACUGCUACUGCUACUACUACUACUACUACUACUGCUACUACUACUACUACUACUACUACUACUACUACUACUACUACUACUACUACUACUACUACUACUACUACUACUAUUACUACUACUACUGAUACUACUUCUACCACUACCACUAUUACUGCUACUAUUACUACUACUACUACUACUACUACUACUACUACUACUAGUAGUAGUAGUAGUAAUACUAUUACUCUUACUAUUACUAUUACUACUACUACUUCUACUACCACUACUACUAUUAGAGUGUCUACUGUAGAUGUACGCAUAUAUCUGCAUGUACCAAAGAACAGUUGAACAUAUUUGUACAUCUGAUGUAUACAUGGACAUGUGCACGUUAGGAAACGUACAGAUCGGCACGCGUACAGAGAACAAAAGCCGGUAAGAGAGUACUUUCGAUGCGAAAACCAGAGCGCAACGAUAAAUGAGAAACUCGAGUCUCGUUAAAGCUGGAAUAUCCUGUAAGCGUCAGAUAUAAAUGCGAUCCGUAGAUCGUUUGGAAGUAACGUUCUUGGAAUAAUUGCUUGUAAUAUACGCAAGCAUCGCGCAUCGAUCGAGAUCUCUGUCCAAGCAAAAGUGGCCGAAACCGUUGGUCCGACGCCGAUAAGGAAUUACGUCUUUGCGCGUUGCCUUCGAUACGUCAAAUCGUAUCGCGAUCUCGGGUCAGCAACGCGAUCGUCGAUCGUCGAAGAAUGUCCGCAACGCGUCGACUUGGACCGCUCGAAAGAUCCUCCGAACGGACGAUCAUCGCUGCGAUCCGUUCUUCGAUCCUCGAGUUACGUUCUAUGAUCGAUCUCGCACAGGUACGUUGUCAGCGUAGCUUCCCUUGGAAGGAUGGGCAGCGUGUCUGACCCGAGGUCGAAGGAUCGCAUCGCGUCGACGGGCACCAGAGUGUUUGGCGUUGAAAAAGAGACGGCGUGAUACAGCCUUCUUCGAUAAGAAAGCCGAACAUCGUAUUCGUUGCCACUCUACAGUCACUCGCCUACAGAACGAUUUCUGCUACCCUGUUCCUUGGCAGCCGGAUCGUAGCGCGCCAUCGAUAGAUUGUACGGGGCAAAAUACGAUCGCGUUCGCGGUACGCGUGAACCACGCAGCUACAAACAGUCUGGAUGCGUUCAAUGGAAAUGCGGUACAGCGAUAAGUUCAAUGUAUGUACGUGUAUAUGUUUAACGGAGACACUUAGAGCGUAAAACGUGAUAAGGCUAUAAGACAGUAUAAGUUUGGAGCUGGGAGCCGUGCAAUGUUGUUAUCGGACGAAUGAAAGCGGACGGGUAUAACAGUAGUAAGAAUGCGGAAAGAGAGAACGAGAGGGAGUGCGAGAGAAACGAGGAGAAAACAAUGGACAAAAUGGGAAUUUGCCAGGAGCGAAAGUUAUCGCGGAACCAGAGGAAAGAAGAUAUUUUUUUAUUUUUUUAACGAGAUCUUGGAGACGAGAAAGAGAUAGAAAGUUUACACGCAAGAAAGAAAUAGCAAAAUGGAGGGACAAAGUGGCAGGCAGAAGAAAAUCGAGUAACAGAGGGCUUGCGUGUGUGCGUGAGUGUGCUUUCGUGUUCUUUGUUCUGUGUGCGUGUUUAUGUUCGUACGUGUGUUCGAAUGGUCGAAAAUGUAUGGCGGAGCGUGCGAGCGAAAGAGAGAAUGAGAGACGGAGCGCGGAAAAUGGAAAAUACAGAGCUAAGUGCAUCCCAGAGGCGGGCACAGUGCAUGCGUUUUUUACGUAGAAAUAGAAAGUCUGACUGCUUUUAAUUUGUGGAAAUUUUUACGGGAAAUAGUUAACGUCUCUUAGAUAUUAAAGAAAAGUUGUUCGAGUAAAAACAAGCUGAAAAAAAGUGAAAACGUUGAGAAAACCACAGAAAAAAAAAAAAAAGAAAGAAAGGACGAAUGAAAUUUACAAUAGCGACGAUGAUGAAAAAGAAGAUUGAAUUUUUUAAAUGUCGUUUCGCCUUUGUACGUAUCUUUUUAUGUACAUUUACACGUCGACGUUUGUUUUUUAUCGUAAAAAUUUCACCAUUUGUAUUCGUAAGUUAUCAUAUAGGAGACUCCUGUUACUAAUACUACUGUUUACUUAAGAUAGACCCUUAUUUCCUAGCGUAUAAAACGAUGAAAACGCAAAUUUCUAUAUAAUUUUGUAAUAUAAUCGAUGCCGAGGAUACGAAUGAAAUUAGAGGAAACUUACAAGUGCAACUUAAGUCUUAACUUGAAGUUACCAAACUGCGAGGUUUUCAUACUCUCGAAAGAUAUAAUUUUUUAUUAAAGCAAUUUUUUGCGGAGCUCGUUUUAAUCGAUCAUCUUUAUUUUUUUAUAUAUACCAGUGGUAGUAUUUUCUGCCCACCUCUGGGUAAAAACGGCGUACGAACGAAUAACAAAAAAAAAAAAAAAAAAAAUGUCACUCAACGUCUGUCGUGAUGCAAGACGCGAUUUUACCCCUUCUUACACUGCAUUUCUAUUUUUAAUAAUGUAUGCUCUUUCAUAUUUCGCUGCAUCGGAAUACGACACGAUAGCGUCGCAAUAAAUAAAUCUUUGUCGCGUUUUGUAAAUAAAUCGUCGAGGGUCGCGUCUUGUAUAUCGACGGAGGUUUUCUUAGGAAAAAUAUCGAAGAAAAAGAGGAACAAAAAAAAAAAACGAAAAAGUAACCAAAAAAAAAAAAAAAAAAACGAAGAGAAAAA